AUGGCGGGUGAGAGCCCGUCUGCUGCCCGGGCAGGCGGAGCCUGCUUCACCCAUGCGGCGGGAACGGGGGAAGCCGCGCGGAGGGCUCGGUCGGACCAGAGGGAGGGACAAAUAACAGCGCGACCUGAGGCUGCGGGGAGUCGCAAUGAGCAGGGGGUUGAAUUUGAGGAAGAACUGAAAUCUGCUGGUGAGAAGCUUAUAGUAGUUGAUUUCUCUGCCACAUGGUGUGGACCCUGCAAAAUGAUCAAGCCCUUUUUCCACAGUUUGUGUGAGAAGUAUGGUGAUGUGGUGUUCAUAGAAAUUGAUGUGGAUGAUGCCCAGGAUGUUGCUUCACACUGUGAUGUGAAGUGCAUGCCAACGUUCCAGUUCUACAAGAAUGGAAAGAAGGUGCAGGAGUUCUCUGGGGCCAAUAAAGAGAAGCUGGAAGAGACUAUUAAAAGUCUAGUCUAAUCUCCAGCCAUGAAGACAUUGAAGCAUGACAGCUUUGGCUAAAUUACAGCCUGCAACUUUUCUACUUAAAAUAAACAAACUAAACAAGCUAGCUAGAUUAAGUGGUGGAAACUAUCUUCUUGGUCCAUGUAUAUGAGUAAAAUAAAGUAUAAACUCUUCA